AUGGGUAAAAAGAACUUCAUGAAAGAUGACUGGCAUGAUCCCAAUGUAUCCAGUAUCCCUCAUAGACAUACUCUCUCUUACCUUGGUUAUGUUGAGAAAGGAAACUUUUGUACCCAGUACUUGCAGAAUCCUACUGACAGGUUGUAUAAGGUGACUUUUGAUGCUCCCACCUGUGAAGGCAAACGACGAGAAACGCUCUCGCUAAUAGGGGACUUCUCUUCUUCGGCGGAAUUCUUCGUCACUAUCGCCGUCUUCGCCUUCCUCUAUUCCUUGGCAGCCACUGUGGUUUACAUAUUCUUCCAGAACAAAUAUCGUGAAAACAACAGGGGGCCUCUAAUUGACUUCAUCGUGACCGUGGUCUUCUCAUUCUUGUGGCUCGUGGGCUCGUCUGGUUGGGCAAAGGGACUGUCAGAUGUGAAGAUUGCGACCGAUCCAGGAGAAGUGUUAUUGCUGAUGUCAGCUUGCAAACAGCAGUCUAACAAAUGCAUGCCUGUGCGCAGUCCCGUGAUGUCAAGUUUAAACACUUCGGUUGUCUUUGGAUUCUUGAACUUUAUCCUGUGGGCAGGAAAUAUUUGGUUUGUUUUUAAGGAGACGGGGUGGCAUUCCUCAGGACAGAGACACCCGCCAGACACCAUGGAGAAACAAUCCAGCAGCUACAACCAAGGUGGUUAUAAUCAAGACAACUAUGGCCCAUCUGGAGGAUAUAACCAACCUGCAGGCUUUGGCCAACCAGCUAACUAUAGCCAGGUGGGUGAAUAUGGCCAGCAACAAAGCUAUAGUCAGAGUGGGCCCACUUCAUUUGCCAAUCAAAUUUAGCAGUCACCAAGUUUUCAUUCUUACCCCCAUUCAUGUAGACAGUGUAACAACUCAAGGUUGCUGUGGCACCAGAUUUGUAAAGAGUUUAAAUAAAUAAAACUCCAGCAGAGUAUUUAAUGUAAAUGAAAGAUCUACCAGUACCUACUGAGGCAGGCAGAUGGUGGCUAGAUUGUUAUUUUUGUGAUUAGACAACUGAUGAUGAUGUAUUCAUCGCUGGUGGUGAACUGGAGUAAGUAUUGUUGUAUGUAUUGUAUAGAUAACUUUAUGGUAGUUUGUACGUGUACUAAAAUGGUAGAAGCACUUUGUAGCCUCAAGUCUCUAGUACGUAAUAGGCAUAACAUAAUGAAGUGGAAUGGAAUUUUUCUUCUGCAUUUUGGUGAGAAACAAAAGUGUUUUCCUCUGAUUUCUAAAGAUUAUUCAGUAUAUCGCAAUGCAUGUAACAUUGUUCCUAAAUUCUCAAGACUGCCUGUUUGUGACGUUUUGGAGCAUUUGUUCUUAGUCUACUUUUUCAGAGGAUUUUUUUUUAUUAUGAUUUUGAUUAACCAAUUCACAUGUGACUUAGUGCAUGGAUAAGCA